AUGGACGAUGUGGUCGUGCUCACUACUAGCUCCACACGGCACAGCUGUAAGGUCUGCGGGAAGGGCUUCCCCUGCGGCCGAUCACUCGGCGGCCACAUGCGCUCCCACGCGCUCGCCGAGGUGGCGGCGGCGGCGGCGGCAGACGAAGAAACCACCGAUUCUGACGAGGACGACGAGCGGCGCUGGAUACAGGACGGCGCCGCUCGUCCCUCUAUCGUGGGAGCGGGUGGCGCCGGGUAUGGGCUGAGGGAGAACCCCAAGAAGACGCGCCGGCUCUCAAGGUCCCCAGGUGCUGACGACGUCGACGAUGACGAAUAUGACCAGGAGCUGUCGCCAUGCCGACCGGUGUUCGGCCACGUGCGCAGCCAUGCACCGGCCAAUGGCGGUUAUUCUGACGACGAAGACGUCAGAGUGGAGGGGCCGGAGGCGGAGGACAUGCUGAUCCGUACUGAGGCGGCGGUAGUGAUGGCGGGGCCGGCGCCCAGGCGGAGACGGCGCUCGAUGCGCGUGCCGGCGCUCCCGCCGCCACGCGAAGUGUUCGACAAGGAGCCGGAGGACGUCGCGAUGUGCCUCAUCAUGCUGUCGCGCGACACCGGCGGCCUGUGGGGCAAAGAGGAAAAGGGCAGCACGAAGAAGGCCAGGAAUGGCUUCUACCACGACUCCGCCGGCUCCGACGACAACUCGGCCCUUCUCCGAUACGCCGACGCCGAGAUCGCAAAGCAUGGCAAGAAGAGGAAGGCCGCCUCUUCUGCCUACGCCAGCGGCGAGAAGCGUGGCCGGUACGAGUGCCCCGGGUGCGGCAGGGCGUUCCAGUCCUACCAAGCGCUGGGCGGCCACCGCGCCAGCCACAAGCGCAUCAACAGCAACUGCUGCACUACCAAGGUCUUGCUCGAUCAGCCGGAGCCCAGCGUCGAGACUACAGCCUCGUUCAGCACGCCCUCGACGCCGGAUGCCGACGACGCUUAUGGAGCGGUGGCUGCCGUGAAGGCAAAGAAGGCGAUCAAGUUCGAGUGCCCGAUCUGCUUCAAGGUGUUCGGCUCGGGGCAGGCGCUCGGAGGGCACAAGCGAUCUCACUCGAUAGCCGGUGAGCUCUACGACCGCAACCACGCCGACGCUGUCAUUGCCGACACGGAGCAGUCCUUGAUCGCGGCCAGGUUUCUUGAUCUCAAUCUGCCAGCUCCAGGAGCCGAGGAUUAA